UAACAAAAAUGGUGGUGGCCUCUCAUUAAACCACAUACUAUUAUUCAUCACUCUAUAUUAAUAUUCACAGACUCAACAGAAAUUAAUAAACACACACUACAUUAACCAUAUCAAAUUCUUGAUAAAACCCUAGUUUUCAACAAUUUUUUUUCAAUUUCAAUCUUUCAAUGGCCCUUCAAUGGCUAAGCUUAGUUGGUACAAUUUGGCUUCAAUCCAUAAGUGCAACAAACUCAAACUUCCCAGCUUACUCAUCUCAGCUCAAGCUUCUUCUUUCACUUUCACAGCUUCAGCUCAACAACUUAGCUUUUGCUUCUGAUGCUGGAAAACUGUUCGGUUUUGUAUCGGGCAUCGCGGCAGUUUAUCUACCUCUUUGGAUCGUUCUUUUAAUCGGUUCAGCACUCGGGUUUGUAGGCUAUGGUGUUCAGUAUCUUUUCCUUUUAAAUAAAGCUUCCUCCUUGCCGUACACUCUUGUUUUUCUACUAACAGUUUUGGCUGGAAACAGCAUUUGUUGGAUCAAUACGGUUUGUUAUGUGAUCGCGAUAGAAAAUUUCCCGUUCGAUCGACAACUAGCAGUCGGGUUGUCCACAAGUUAUCAAGGUUUAAGUGCAAAGAUUUAUUCAGACUUAGUUGAUAUGUUUUUUAAGUCAUCAUCUUCAAUACAAAGAGCCAGAUCAUAUCUUUUGUUGAAUUGCAUUUUACCCCUUGUAGUUUGCUUGAUCACUUCUCCGUUAAUUCGAGUGAUGAAAACUCAAAGAUCCAGGAGAUUAUCAGGUGGGUUUCUUGUAAUCUUUAUGGUCACCAUAUUUACAGGAACUUAUGCUGUGAUCACAAGCUUGGGAUCAAGAAAAGGACUAUGUUCUCCGUCGGCAAUCUUGAUCGGUAUGUGUGUGUUCUUGGUGGCACCAUUGGUGGUUCCUUUGAUGGAGAAGCUAAGAGAGAGAAUGGAGAACAAAUGCUUGAUAAGAAGUCAUGGGAAGAGGGUAUGUGAUGAGAGUAGCAUGGAGAAGGAAAAUGGAGGGGUGGUGAAUGAACAUGGGGUGAAAGAUGAAGGGUUGUUUGUGUGUGAAGAUGAAGAGAUGGAGGCGAAAGUAAUGAUAAAAAGAUUGAAUUUUUGGUUGUAUUUCUUUGUGUAUAUGUUUGGUGCAACAGUUGGUAUGGUGUAUUUGAACAAUUUGGGACAAAUUGUAGAGUCUCGUGGGAGUUCAAAGACUUCUUCUUUGGUCUCGUUGGCUUCUUCUUUUGGUUUCUUUGGUCGCAUCUUUCCUUGCCUACUUGACUACCAUAUCUCAAGGGUGAAAUACAAAGUUUCAAGACCAGCUUUGAUAGCACUAAUGAUGGUGCCAAUGACAGCCUCCUUUUUCUUACUCCUUAACAACAAUAGCCUUUGUCUUUACAUUAGCACGGCCACCAUCGGGAUCUGCACGGGUGCGAUCACCUCAAUCUCGGUGUCAACCACUGCCGAGCUUUUUGGGACCAAGAACUUCGGUGUGAACCAUAACAUUGUGGUCUCUAACAUACCGAUAGGUUCGCUGUUGUUUGGAAACAUGGCGGCAUUACUUUACCGCAAGGAAGCCCUUGCAAAUGACAACGAAAAAUGCAUGGGCAUUAAAUGUUACCAAACAAGUUUCAUAAUUUGGGGUACUCUUUGUUUCAUAGGGACAUUUUUAGCCAUAAUUCUUCAUUCAAGAUAUAAGAAGAGUUCCUUGAUCGCGUAAGGGUGAUCCAUCUUGAUGACAAAUUCCACGAUAACAAGAAAUAGAAAUUAAUAGUUCGACUUAUAUAUAGCUAGAUUUUGACAUUUUAAUGUUAUCUUUUGAUAUAUAGAUACAUAUGUAUCCACACACUUAUAUAACGUAUCCAUAUAUAUGUAAA